AUGUUCUCUCUAUCGCAGCGUUUGCAGAACGUCUCUAACCAGGCUUUAACUUUUAGUUUCUUUAUUAUUGGGUUUAUCGUCGCCAGUUCGUGGUACCAAUUAUACAGGGAUGAUGCUUUUAAUACUCCAGGUGCUGUGCAGGCUCUAGGGGCUAAUUUGAACAUGAGAACCAGUAGAUACUAUGGAUCUAAUCAAGGGAAACCAAAGCAAAAUGCAAAAGUGAAUUUCGAUUUGGAUGUCGAUUUGUCUUCUUUGUUCAAUUGGAACACAAAACAAGUAUUCAUAUAUUUGACGGCUGAGUAUGAUGGUUCGAAAAAGCCUAACACUAAGAGUGUAGUAACAUUUUGGGACAAGAUUAUUACUAGCAAGAAAGAUGCUGUAUUGAAAUUGUCAAAUCAGAAAUCAAAAUACACCGUCUGGGAUUUGGAGGAUAAGAUGGAAGGAAGAGACUUGACCUUCAAAUUGCAAUGGAACAUCCAACCUUGGGUGGGUCCUUUGGUAUUCGGAGAAACUAUAGGUAACACUACCUUCACUAUUCCAAUUGAGGAGAAAAAAGUAAAGGAAAAUGAAAAUGAUAGUAACACUAGUGCCGAUGAGAGCAAUGGAACUAAUAAACCAAAGAGAAAGAAGAGAAAGGCAAAGGCUAGAUCCAACUCGGUCUGA